AGAAAAAUGCUGCACUUUUUACUCCACUGCAUUUAUUUACUCAUAUUUUACCAGCAGUGAAAAGUAAUUGUAUCAGUAAUUGAUACCAGAAUUGUAUCAGUAAAUGUUUUUACUUUCCGCCACUGAUCAUCAUCAUCAGAUGUCACCACUGCUACAUGAGAACAAUAAUAAGCAAAAAGAGCCUCAGAACCAGGUUAGCUGUCAGCUCAGAAACCAUCAAAUGAUCCUCUACAAUCAGACUGAUCAUCAUCAUCACACAUCAACACUGUCAAUCUCUGUGAACACUUUCCUGUGAACUUCAGACCAAACCACAAAUCUGCUGCACUGACCCAUGCAGCGGAAACACUAGUUUUCACUGCUCUGACAGAACAAUCAAAGAAUUUGAUGUCACAUCAGUGAGAGGUACAAUGAGACAAACAUCUCUUCUCCGGCUGCUCCUUCUGAGCUUACUGCUGUGCUGCAAAACAAACCAAGAGAUAACAGCAAAGUCUGGAGAUGAUGUCACUCUUCAUUGUCAGAGUCCCAGAGAUGAAGCCAUCUCACUGUUAGAGUGGAUCAGACUUGACCUGAAGGAAGAUUACGUCUUCUUCUUCAGAGAGAACCGCUCAUAUGAACACUACCAGCAUCCAUCUUUUCGUGGUCGAGUGCAGCUGAGAGAUCCAGAGAUGAAGGACGGAAACGUUUCUGUGAUUCUGAAGAACGUCACCAUCAACGACACUGGAACAUACGAGUGUCGUGUUUCUGUGAACAGCAAAGGACGCAGAAAGAGAGCCACACCAGAGCUCAUCUGCACCAUCAACCUGAAGGUCACACAGCUGGAAACACCUGGACUGAAGGAGACAAGGAUGGAAACAUGGGAGGACGUGUUGGACUCAUAAUUGGACUGUCAGUUGCUGCAAGUGUGAUUGUUGUUGGUUUUGUGAUCUUCAUGAUCUAUAAAAGAAAUAAGAAUUCAUCCCUCCCUCCUGCUGAGGAAGCAGGUGACCAACAGAUGUCUGAAAUGUAAACAGUAAAUGUAAAAUGAGCCUCAUCACUAGUUAUCACGGUGACUGACUCAGUCCAGAGUUUAGGUGUAAUAGUAAUAGUUGCCCGAAUGUAUGAAAUGCUUCAAAACUGAACUGUUGUCAAUGCAGUUGCUUCAUAUUGAUUCAGUGCUGCAGAAAACUCGUCACCAUUGAAGAUGUUUACAACCACUGCAAACACUGAUGAUUAAUUAUUCUUGUGAUUUCUGUGGUUUAAACAAAGAAACAAUUUUUCACUUAUUUUUACAUUGUAUGUAUUCCAAAAUAUUUUGGAAUGAUAUGCAAAACUUUCUAUCUAGAAAAACAGGUCAAAUGGUCAUGCUUUCUGGUAUGUUAGCUUUUUAAUCCAACUGUUCAUGAUUUUUGGCAAAUUCCACGUACAUAAAAUGAAAUGGACCAAUAGGAAACCAAGUUUUACCUUAUUUCUAAUUGAUAUUAACCUCUAUUAUAACUCUAUAGUCAAGAUGACAAAUAGAAAAGCAGCAAAGACCCAAACAAUAUUUGAAACAUAUAAAAUCGACUGUAUCACUUAAUUAUUAACCUAUGCCCCUUUAUUUAUUUGUUUACUUCCCUAUGUAUUAUUUUGCUUUUAAUGAAUGUAAAGGCUUCUUGCACAAUCCCUUUUAUGAAAGCUUUUUAAUGUCACAACUGAAUUCCCUGGAACUGUUUCCUCUUUUUGUUCUGUAACCUUGUUUGUUACUGUUGAUUCAAUUUGACUGUUAUCAAUAAAGUUUAAAAAAAAAAAAUAAAUAAAUAAAAAAACAACACACUCAACUCACAAUCAAAAAAGCCGGGUGAUGAAUCAUUAAAGUA